CUAUAGAGAACGUCCCUGGGUGUGUUGUACAGUCAAGUGUCACACACUGGUUGUUUGUGCAAGAUAUGAAGACGCAGAAGAUUAACAACAACAACUUCACCUGCAACAUCUUGCUCCGGCGUUCCACUCAAACUUCCCGGUACUUACAGCCGUGCGCACAGCCCAGCCGUUCCUCCGCAUGACACACAGCGGGGGAAUAAAUGCUAAGUCACGUGACAUAUUGAUCCGCAGCACAGCCCAAACGCUACAGCCGACAGGGCCUCAUUUUCGGCUCUGGUCAGAUCCGCAUCCCUGGGCUCCUACAUUGGCUAUAGUCCCUCAUUCUCUUUGAACGCCGUCAACAGACCUCUCAUAACCGAGCCGGCCUGUGCGCGCUAGCUCUUUACGGACGUAUCGUACACAAAAACCAUGGGAUUUUAGCAAUACGGACUUCAUAGCAGAUCUGCUUGGAAAGAAUUGUGUUCAAUGAGUGACUACACGAAAUCCGAGUCAUCCACCAAAGGCGGUCGGAAGGACCCAGAGUCCGCGCCGGCAGCCUCAUACUCCGCAACUCUUGUCCCCGGCUUUUGCAACGAAAACCGACGAUUCGUCGGCCGAUUUUCAUUCGGGAGUUUCCGAAUAUGCAACAUGUUGUCGCUAUCAGUACAUUGGCCCGUCUUUUGGGCGACAGCUUUUCUCCUGAUAUACUACUUCUUGAUGGACUGUCGGUUGUACCAGACGUUGCAACAAUGGCCGGGUUCCACCGUGAACGCCACAAUUGGUCAUUACUCGCCUUUUCGUCCUCUCACCAUGAAGUUGCUGAUGAUGAAUCACGGCAACCAUUACCUACUCAUGCCGCUGGCCGAAUACUUCGACGAGUAUUCCAAGUUCAGUAAACGCUUUCCGUUCAUCACGGCCAAUAUGGUGAGCUUCAGUCAUAUUGUGGUGUGCAUCGUUGCAUUCCGGAUGAUGUACUCGGACAGUCUGUCGGUUCGGCGCUGGGGCUGCCUUUUGUUUCAGCUGCGCAACUGGCUGGAUGCGUUCGACGGUGUUGUGCACCGGUCACAUGCCGGAACUCAGUUCAGACUGAAGUCGUACAGGAACACUUCCGGUUACCUCGUGGACGCCAUUGCGGAUACUUGGAGUGGCUUUAUGGAAUCUUUGGCCAUGUACCUGUUCCUUCUGAAGAAUCCUCCUACCAGUAGUUUAGCACGGCUACAUAUCCUACCCUGGACUAAACCACAAGAGAACGGUCGUGGUCGUAAAGACUUCUCGAAGUGGGAGUUAUUUCGGCCGUGUUUAGUUUAUGGACUUUUGGUGGCGUUUUCAGGAAUCUUUUGGGACAGAUACAUAUCGCAUUACAACAAUAUAAUGGAGUAUAUACCACCGAAUGUUUUGCAGAAGGAGCAACAGUUAGCGCAGAUGAAAACAUUACGUAUGUGGAUCUUCAUAUGGGUGUGGCGGUUAGUGAAUGCCCAGGCCUUACUGGACUACGGACUGAUCAGUAUAGCUCUGGAUAAAACAUGGUCCUUUAUCCACAUAAUGCAGUACUUCGGUUGGCCGUUUUUAAUCAUCUUCUGUAUGGCCACAGAAAUCCAACUAGCUGAGGUUCAGGGUGCCGUUAUGGGAACCUUAUAGUGUUGUUCGAGAUCGGAGAAACUGCAGAAGGAAUUCCAUACAUACAAAGAAGAACCACAAGCCUGUUUCAGUCUUCCCUACGUGUCGUCUUCCAUACCGUGUGUUAUUGUGUUUUAAACCUUUCAUAAUGGGGAAUUAUACUGCAUUUAUUUUUACAGACUAUUUGACUGACGGACUAACCGACUGUCAGACUGACUGAUUGAGUCGCCACUGUUACCUACACAGUUUACGGACUUGCACUGCAGUGUUGGACUGCAUGUGCAUUAAGUGUUGGUUUGCCCGACCAGACAUCUGCGGCCGGUUUCAUGUGAUCUCCCUUUUCAUAACAGUCCUAUUAGUCUUAGUCCUGGUUUAAAACCACCGAGAUUUUUCUGUGGAAUUGCCCCCUCUCCCCCCACCCACCGAACCACAACAACAACAACAUAUCGGGAUACCCCAUAAGGUGCUGUAUUGAAACUCUUAUCUGGUCAUUUACAGAGGUUUAGUUUCUACCAGUCCUGUGCCGACAAUUCUGUGUCACGUCUUCCAUUGUCAUUUAUAGAGUAUUAAUUGAACAAAAUGCUUAUUGUCUUUAUCCCACCUUAAGAUUUGCGGUUUCGUUUUCAUUUAAAAAAAAUUUGUAAUGUAUUUCACAAAUAGUCAACAAGGUGACAUAUAUACAUGAACUGAAAACUGUUCUUUUAAGAUCACAGUUGUUUGACUGAAUUCCGCUAAUUACUGUAAUUUCGAUAUCAGGUACUAAGUGAAUAAUUUAAGUGGCUUCCAAUUUGUUAAAUGUCAGGUAUUAUUGCCUACAACUUACAGGGUAGGUGCUGCUCUCUACGCUCGAUUUACAUCACUGCCAGACAGGUUUAGCCUUUAGAUCCCGUUGGGCGCACAUGGGCUUGUUCAGGCUUAGCCUUUAGAUCCCGUUGGGCGCACAUGGGCUUGUUCAGGCUUAGCCUUUAGAUCCUGUUGGGCGCACAUGGGCUUGUUCAGGCUUAGCCUUUAGAUCCCGUUCGGCACACAUGGGCUUGUUCUGGGUUAGCCUUUAGAUCCCGUUGGGCACACAUGGGCUUGUUCAGGCUUAGCCUUUAGAUCCCGUUCGGCACACAUGAGUUUGUUCAGGCUUAGCCUUUAGAUCCCGUUCGGCACACAUGGGCUUGUUCAGGCUUAGCCUUUAGAUCCUGUUCGGCACACAUGGGUUUGUUCAGGCUUAGCCUUUAGAUCCCGUUCGCCGCACAUGGGUUUGUUCAGUCUUAGCCUUUAGAUCCCAUUGGGCGCACAUGGGCUUGUUCAGGCUUAGCCUUUAGAUCCCGUUCGGCGCACAUGGGUUUGUUCAGGCUUAGCCUUUAGACCCAGUUCGGCACACAUGGGCUUGUUCAGGCUUAGCCUUAUAAUUGAUGUCCUCGCGCGGACGGCCCUAUAAUCAGCAUUCAGCAAAACAUUAUUUCAGGUGUCCGUGUGGAUCAAGUACUAAGGGAAAGGAAGCUUGAUACGAAGUUCUGUUUUUUUCUGAAAUCACCGCCUGCCUCAUCACCGUUACCCCAGUAACCGUGGUGGUGUUCAAGAUUUCUGUACAACCUGAGGUUGUGGUGGGAGUGAUGUAAAGGGAGUGUAGAGAAUUUGCGCGUGCGCUCGAAGGAACGUUACACUAUUAGCAUCUAGCUGACUUCAUUUUCUACUGUGUUAAUGGCUGUUUAUAUAACGUACAUAUGUAGCUGUUUCAACUUGGGCCCCUAUUUAGUAAGCAGUUUGAGGGUUAAGCCAUAAAUUGUAUGUCCUCAAAAAGCCAGACUCAGAACAAACUCAAAUUCUGGUUAACACAUGAUUUUGCAGUAAAGAAUCAGUGUACAAAUUUCAAACAAUCUAAAGCGAAAUAUUUUAGUUGUAGCUGUGUUUGAAUCUUUGACUUCUCUUAAGACAUUUGAUAAAUACAGGCCGAGAUCUUGAAAUAUGCUUCUAACUCGUUGAAGGUGUUUAUAGUACAUACACUCUAAUGAGACACGUCUUCCACAUUACCACGAGCAAUCUCAGAUGGUUUGUUGCUUUCUUCUGGACGUCGAAUUUACAGAGAGGUCUUGUGAAAGUUAGUGGACUCUUCCAUUUUUAUAAGCAGUGGACUGUGCCUCUUCCCUAAUAGCAUCUUCAUAAUUUCAAGGCAUUUACUCCACGUCAUUGUCGGAUUAAGUUAGUGGGGAACCGCUAACAUUUUUAUUUAGGGCCUAACAGUAAAAGCAAAAUAUACAUGAAUACUCAAAGAUAAAUUAUUCAUUAGUUCAUUAGUAUUGCUGUAAAGCCAAGCAAUGCCAUAAAUGCGAGACCCUUGGAAAUGAGGGGCCCUCAGCAUAAGCUACUUUUGCUACCGAGUUAGUCAGACACUUCUCCAAGACCUUUAGUUGUAUGGUACGAAAUGGUUGUGGAGAUGUCACCAUAGUGAUUCCUAUAUGAACAUGUUGAAGAACGGAAAUAUUCGUCGUUUAAGUAUCCUAAUUUAGUCCGAUAAAAUGAGAUGGUGCUGUGCAUCGAGAAUCAUGAACAACCAAUGUUUGGCCAAAGAGAUACCUUCGGACAGGUCCCCUCUGAUAUACCCAAAGCGUUUCUGAUGUUUAUAUUUUAUACAUAUACUCAUUAUUAUGCAAGCAACAUUUGUCUCCUUGUUAACAUUUUGAACUGUCUUUUAUUUAAAAAUGUUAAUAUUUCAGUUUGAUCCAAAUUUUCGUCAAUGUGAACGUUGUAGCCAUAUUACGCUGUUGCAAUAUACGUGGACUGUUGUUUUAUGCGAACAUAGGACUCAAAGUAAUUUACCUAUAUUCAUUCAUUAAAGGAUACAUGAAAAGGAACUAUAAAACAAAGAUUAUGCUUCUGUGCCAAAUGAAGAAAUUAUGCCCCUGAAUUUUUGUUAAAAAAUCAUUUUCGGGGUAUUUUUUUUACACCUGUUAAUUAUCCCUCUAUAUUAUGCAUAUUCCAUCAACAGUCGGAUGUUUUCAGAAAUUACGUCAUCGUUGAUCGUGCUCGGACCUCGGUGAACACCCCGAAGUGCCCCGUUCCCGGUGAACCGUACACAGGCACUGCAUGGCUUCUUCGGACUAGCUGUAUAGGGUUCCUACACCCGCCCCCAUUAGGUCUGUUCCCCACACCCCCGCUCCCGUUCUGUCUGUCCCCCACAGAUCUCUUUUUUUUAAAACAGGUAUCAUUGUUGCCGUCACCGCUGCAAGCUCCCCACCACUCCCCAAAGUGAAAGUUGAAACAUUUUUUGCACUGUUAUAUGUUAGUGCACAUGAUAAUCUGCACAUUAAGAAAUAAAACCAAAGCGUUUCACGUAUCCUUUAAGGAAUGUUCUAUACUCUCAGUGAUUUUUUUGACCCACUGGUACAGAUAAAAUAUCUUUGAUGGAGGUUCUGUUCUUGCGUUG